AUGGUCGAGCCAGAUUUCCCAGAAAAAAUCGCGUUCUUGAGAUAUACAAGGUGUAGGAAUCGAUUGGUGAUGAUCCUGGACCACCUGGAGAUCAAUAUUGGUGACAUAUGGUGGUGGACCCAAAAAAGUCGAAUAUUGGAGAUAUGUGUCAUCGAAAUUGUCAACAACAUCGAGAUCCUCUUGGGUGCCUUGAAGAACAGAAUCCACAAUUAUCUCAGGUCCCGAAACCUCUUGAGCAUCCUGAAGUGCCAAUUGGGUAUUAACCUCCACUUCCACGCCAGACGGAGCCGCCUGAACCUGCAUGACCACCAAAAUUUAGUGAGAGCACAGAAACUGAAGGGCAAAUUUGAGAAUCUACCUCGAUAUUCGAGGGAGCAGGGUUAUGGCUACGGGAAUCCUUCAAGCGCUUGUUGCAAUCUUAGUCGUAUUCCAGGAUACUCAUUACACAUUAUUUGGAGUGGAGUGGACAAAACGAUCCUCGAAAACCACAUUUGUGGGUUUGUUGAGUUGAAUCCCUCGACAAUUUUGCCUUUGGUCGUUGUGAACACCUCUUAUGUACAUUUGCUUAAUGGCAAGGCAGUAAACACAAACUUCGCAUAUCCCCUGAUUCGCAAGUCGCUUGCCGAUGUCCAUGCGGAGUCAUGUGAGAAGCCUGAACGUGAUUAUGUAGAGUUUGCUAAGGAGUUCCGACUAACCCGGCCGCUCGAUCAAGGUGCCAAAGAAUGGGAGAUAGAGCAUAUUCUAGACCGCCGACAAUGUGGACGCGGAUGGCAGUAUCUCGUUCGAUGGCGCGGGUGCCGACCAGAAGCAGACGUCUGGCUGGCCGCCAGCGAAGUGCAAAACUCAGACGCGCUAGAUGAAUUCAACAAGACGCUUGGUUCGGACUCCGAGGAUGCUUACUACAUCAACAGUCACUGUUUCCCGCCGCCAGCACGGCGGGCUUCCAAAUCACAACCUUACACCCCACGUGCCAAGCGCAUCCUGCAGGAGGUAGCAAGAAGAACGUUGGUUAGGCUUCCUGAAGCCCAUUUUGGGUCUCAAAUUGCCCUGCGCUUGGCCUCAACCUGUCCUGAACCUCUACAGGGCGGCAUUGAGGGAACAUAUAUCUCUAAUACAGAAGAUGACUGUAUGACGUACGGCCGGCCCAUGUUCGAUGAGAAGUGUCAAACUGUCCGAUACACCUCCUUACACGAUCGAUGCGAUGAAAUCGCCCUAAUUUGGCCCGCCGAGAACGUCAAAACACGAACCGCGUCGGAAUAUUCGCCGUCGCGCAAGUUCCAUUGA